AUGGCUGGCGUAGGAGCCGCUUCCAAUCCUCCUUGUUUGAAAAAGUCUCACAUGAACCCGUUUCUUCCUCUCCCCUCGUCCAGGGAGAUGGUGGGGUGGGAAUAUUCGCUGCACAUGGCACAGGAGCCUCAUUUGUUCGUGCUGCGGAAGCAGAAAAGGGACGGUUCAGAUCGCACCACGCCCGUGGCUGCAUACUACAUCCUGGAUGGGUCCAUCUACCAGGCCCCUUCACUGCAUGCCGUUAUUGGUUCUCGGAUCUGCCGUGCCCUGCAUCAUCUCCGGGCAGCCUUUUCUAUGACCCAGGCGGCUCUCGACAAUCCCGAAGCUGCCCGGUCAAAAGAAGCAGAGCGGUCAGAGUCGGAAGGGGCGUCAGUUGAAGCCCCCGACACGCCAGCAGCAUCAGAGGCAAAGCCAACCGCAGCAGACAUAUCGCCUUGCCGGCGCUGCCACAGCCAGUAG